GCCCAGAAGUAUCGUAUGGAGAUGUUGUAUGAGGGACCUCAUGAUGACGCCUGCGCUGUUGGCAUUAAGAACUGUGAUCCCUCAGCUCCUCUGAUGAUGUACAUUAGUAAGAUGGUCCCCACCACAGACAAGGGUCGGUUCUAUGCUUUUGGUCGUGUGUUCAGUGGUACAGUGGCUACUGGUCUAAAGGCUCGUAUCAUGGGACCUAACUUUGUCCCUGGGAAGAAGGAGGAUCUCUACGUUAAGCCAAUCCAGAGGUACAGUAACUGUAUGUACAAAUCUUCUGAUGUGAUGAAGUUCAGUGUUAGCCCUGUGGUACGUGUUGCAGUUGAGGCCAAGAACCCGUCGGACCUUCCCAAACUUGUUGAAGGACUCAAACGUCUAGCAAAGUCCGACCCUAUGGUCCAAUGUAUGAUUGAGGAGAGUGGUGAGCACAUCAUUGCUGGAGCUGGUGAGCUUCAUUUAGAAAUAUGUCUGAAAGAUUUGGAAGAGGAUCACGCUUGCAUACCACUGAAGAAAUCUGAUCCUGUUGUGUCGUAUCGUGAGACGGUUUCAGCCGAGAGUUCAAUAAUGUGUCUAUCAAAAUCGCCUAACAAGCACAACAGGUUGUUCAUGAAGUGCUGUCCAUUCCCUGAUGGACUGGCUGAAGAUAUUGACAAGGGUGAUGUUAAUAAUAAACAGGAUCCUAAAGCUCGGGCUCGGUACUUGUGUGAGAAGUAUGAAUGGGAUGCGACUGAGUCCAGGAAGGUUUGGUGCUUUGGCCCUGAGACGACUGGCCCUAAUAUGCUCAUUGAUGUCACUAAAGGAGUGCAGUACUUGAAUGAGAUUAAGGACAGUGUUGUAGCUGGAUUCCAAUGGGCUACUAAAGAGGGUGUAUUGUGUGAAGAGAACAUGAGAGGUGUUAGGUUCAACAUUCAUGACGUGACCCUCCAUACUGAUGCCAUCCAUCGUGGAGGUGGUCAGAUCAUUCCCACGGCUCGUCGUGUGCUCUAUGCCUGUGUACUCACUGCUGAGCCACGCCUACUGGAACCAGUCUAUCUAGUUGAAAUACAGUGUCCUGAAGUUGCUGUUGGUGGUAUUUAUGGUGUGUUGAACAGGAGGCGUGGUCACGUGUUUGAGGAGUCUGUACCUGUAACAUGUAUGUAUUCAAGCACACAAACUCCCAAAGCCUUUAUUGUUAUAUUUUAUUUUACUUUUCUCUCUUUGACAUUAAAUCUACAGUACUUGCACAGAAUUUACUUAUCUCUCUUCCCCCCCCCCUCUCUCUCUCCAGGAUUCACAGCUGACCUAAGGUCCAACACUGGUGGUCAGGCCUUCCCUCAGUGUGUGUUUGAUCAUUGGCAGAUCCUCCCUGGUGACCCUCAUGAUCCCACCACUAAACCUGGUAUUGUUGUGACUGAGACAAGGAAGAGAAAGGCUCUCUCUGAGGGUAUCCCUGGCCUUGAUAAAUAUUUUGACAAAUUGUAAAGCGAAUGACGGAAAUAAAUUUUGACAGGAUGGUUUAAA